UUAUCUCCGUGCACGUACUGACAAUUUGUAUCGGCCGACGCACCGAGUCGAGCACCGACGCGGCGCGGUUAAUUCCCACACUGCUGUCAUCUGCCAUCACGGAUCGAUCGCGCUCCUCAUAGUUACCGUGCCGCUCUUGUAGACGAAGCUGUUUCCACAGUAGGUAACCGUCGACGUACCGAACGUUGAAACAUGGCAAUGGUACAUCCGAUGGCAGUCUAUGUUUAUUCCAUAUUUGACACAUCGUGCGGUCGGUUCGUGCGCCGCGUAUUUGUCAAACGGACAGCAAAGACUGCGAAAUAAUCAGACAUGGAUGGGAAUCAAACGAGGACGAAUGAUACGCAGUUCAUUUCGUUUCAAGAUUUUCCCUCGAUAAACCACGAGGGUAAUAGUAACCAGGCACAAUUGAACGUAAAUACUUCCACGCACCAAGGUUUCAGUAACCUACCAAAUGAUCCAACGGGAAUCGGCAUCAUCGACGACCUCGAAGGAAUGCCUGAUAAAAAUGAAGCCACAUCAUCGCACAGCUUCUGGACGAUAGAGUAUUAUCAAAAGUACUUCAAUGUUAAUACAAAAGACGUGGUGGAAAGAAUUAAAAGAUCCAUGGUACCACAUGGGACAGAGAAUUACUUGAUAUCACACAUCAGACCGAAUCCAGAUCUUUAUGGUCCGUUCUGGAUUUGCGUUACUCUAAUAUUCGCUAUAGCCAUCAGCGGAAACCUGGCUAAUUAUUUGCAGACAGUUAACGUGAGCAAAUAUCACUGGAGGUACGAGUUCCAUCUUGUAUCCUAUGCUGCCACUUGUAUAUUCUUGUACGCAUGGUUACUACCACUCUUGUUAUGGGGUAUAUUGAAAUGGACCAACAGCACAAGAAACACAGAUGAGGAAUUAAUCGACUCUUACGCAGCGCCCAGUAUUUUGGAGCUGUUGUGCCUUUACGGUUACUCUUUAGCUAUCUAUAUUCCAAUAGCCUUUCUACUGACAAUACAAAUUGCGUGGAUACAAUGGUGUUUAGUCGUAAUAUCAACUUUCUUGUCUGGUGGAGUACUGUUGCGAUCUCUACUGCCCAUUAUAGCCGGAAAAUAUAAAAUAAUAUACAUGGUAGCGAUUCUUGGGAUGCACCUCCUGCUGGCGGCAGGAUUUAUGCAUUAUUUUUUUCACAAUGUGCCAUUGGAAGCUAUCGAUCUCGCGCAACACGUUGCACCGACCGUACACGCGCAGGGCAUCGUGAAUAACGUUUCAAACAGUGUUUCCGCUGGUUGACGCAACGUGUGGAUUUUGGGAUCUGCAUCUGCAUAUUAAAACUUAUCUUAUUCCAGUAAACAUCGAUCGUUCGAGAGUCAAGUGGCACGCGUCCCUUGAACAUAAAUUCCGUCUUCGUACGAUGUAGAUGUAGUAUUUAUACUAUACCUGUGAAACGAAAAAAUAAAUGAAAAUAACCGAAA